AUGUCCAGUCUGGCCAGAGAGUUUGCCAAAACUAAGCUCUCUUCCCUGCCGCCGCCUGAGCCAUUGCAGGAAGAGCCGCCCGAGUACGAGGAUGACUCGUCCUCAGCCUCGUCAAUGUCAAGCACCGGCACAGUCAGACCGUCUAAUACGCUGAGACCCGCCCCCGCAAUCCACUGGUCCGAUUACUUUGCCCAGGAGUUCUAUCUCGAGCAAGAUCGCAAGAGCGCGGGCCAUGCAAAGUUCCAUGUCUACCUCACACCGCCAGCAUCGCCAAAGGCCCCGCUCAUAGUGCUGCAUCAUGGCGCCGGAAGCUCUGCAAUGACUUUUGCCUUGGCCACAAAGGAGAUCAGGAAGGCUAUGCCAGACAUCGGCAUACUCGCCGUCGAAGCACGCGAUCAUGGCAGCGUAGUCUGGGAUGCUAGCGGACAAGUGGAUACGGACCUAAGCAUUGCCCAACUUAGCCAGGAUCUACUGGAUAUGAUUCUGCUCACGCAAGCCAAGAUGGGUUGGAGAGACCUCCCCACGGUUGUCUUGAUCGGACACAGUUUGGGUGGCGCAGUUGUUACCGAUGCCGCUAACAGGGGACUGUUAGGCAACAAGCUAAUGGGUUUCGGAGUACUAGACGUAGUCGAGGGCUCGGCCAUGGAGACGCUGGGACACAUGCAUACCUACCUGGCCAGUAGACCCAAGUCGUUCCCGUCGCUGCCUGCGGCUAUUGAAUGGCACAUCCGUUCACGCACACUGCGCAACCCACAAUCAGCCAGAGCUAGCGUGCCGAGCUUGUUACUACAAACUCCAGACGGGCGAUGGGCAUGGCGGACAGAGAUCUCGAGCACAGAGCCGUAUUGGGAAAACUGGUUCACGGGAAUGAGUGGUAAAUUUCUUAGCGGCAAGGGAGCCAAGUUGUUGCUACUUGCUGGCACAGACAGACUGGACAAGGAGUUGAUGAUAGGGCAGAUGCAGGGUAAAUUCCAACUACAGGUGUUUCCCGCCGCCGGUCACUUUCUUCAUGAAGAUCUCCCCGAGAAGACUGCUGAAGUCAUAGUAGAGUUUGUAAAACGCAACGACAGGAGCACUCUUGUCCUUCCACCCAAAGUUUCCGAUAUGCUUGCGCAAGGCAAGCGGGUAUAG